UGGAGUCAGCAGCAAGACCAUGGUAACUACUCCAGGGUGAUAAGUGACCUGGACAUCCUUAGCGCUGAUCUAGUGGAUUGGGAUCCAUGGCGUAUGGCACGAGUAAAAGAAAUUGCAGAUGGUGGACUCCUGGCAUCCUCUUGUAGCCGUGACGCAGACUUAUGGUUGACCACAUGCUUCUUGUUGUACAUGAACUGCGUGGAAGUAUAUUCUCCAGAACGUGUACAGAGGCAGUUCGGGUACCGACAGGUGGUGCCUGUUCCAGCACCACGAGACGCCGGACGGGCGCACGAGUGGAGCUCAAAGGGGGGCGGAGGCACGCAGGACUGGGCAUCCAAGAAUGCCGAGUACAUACGGAGGUGGACAGAAUCAGCUGCGGUGGAUGUCAUCAUUACUGCUGGACAAUACGACGAGGCCACGUACUGGGACUACCUUGCUUGGUACCGUCCGCGCACGCGUGCCACCUUACUCAGCGGACCUGUACAGCCGGGCCCCAGACCCUUCCCCGAGGAUCGUGCCCGCCUACUUCAUGUUGUGACUGAAGAGGCGUAUGAGAUGCAUACGCAAGCGGAUCAACCUUUUGGGGAACCAAGCAGGUCAUCAUCGCAGAGGGAUCGUAACCCUCUUCGGGAGUGGGUGUGCCCCGCAAUGGAGGGGGUACGACCAACAUGCCAUGGACCCGUAUCGUGCCUCCCACAGCAGGCGGUCCUCCCACAGCAGGCGGUCAUCCAGUGCUCGUGA